AUGUCUCGUCCUUUUCCCUACUCGUUCAUAUCAUGUCCCUGCGCGGAGACCUCGACUGCUCCCACCCCUGCUACAAACAUACUCUCUAAGGACCUUUCAAACCUCACCCUUAGCGGUCAACAACAAGAUUCCGAUUCGGAUGAGGAGGAACAAACCUUUGAUCCGAGAUCACCUCGAGCGAAUUACUCCCUUUACCCUCCCGAACACCUUUUAUACUGCGAGGAUUGUCAUCAGAUCAAAUGCCCCAGAUGCAUUACAGAAGAAAUAGUGUGUUGGUAUUGUCCAAAUUGCUUAUUUGAAACACCAAGUAGCAUGGUCAGAAGUGAAGGGAACAGGUGUGCGCGCAAUUGUUUUAAUUGUCCAAUAUGCACGUCCCCCCUAUCCGUUACAACCCUUGGGAAUGCUGAUAACGGAGGAGCUCAAAAUGGACCUUGGAUACUGGCAUGCGGAUAUUGCAUGUGGACAACACUUGACAUUGGAAUUAAAUUCGACAAGCCAACGAACAUCCGUGCUCAGCUUGCCGCAUUAACCAAUGACCCAAGUCGCAGCCCACUGGAUGCCAAAUCUCCAUUAUCAACCAUCGCUUCCCCCGACGAUACAAAACCAGCUGCCCUCCCCUCCCAGGAUGAUAAGCUAGCUGGGACUGCUUUUUCAGAGCAACAAUCGCCACCGCCAAUGAACCCCGCGUCCCGGUUUUCGGCUUUGAAAUCAUUUUAUAGAAACCAAAUCACGGAGACAUCUUCAUCCCCAACAGAUCCCCUGAUGGGCCCCGAAAUAGGUAGUUUUUACUCAUCCCCCAGCGCCUUAAACCGCAUCAUGUCUCUUUACUCUGCCGGGUUAGGCAAUCUCCAUGGCGCUGGUAGCAAAAAACCCAAGUCCAAACCGCCAGUCAUGCGCGAGGCCCUCACGCCAGCAGAAGGCCUUUACAUCCCCGACCCUAACGUUGAACGAUCAAUCAUUCGCAAAAUGGCCUCCCCCAACUGCGGUUGGGACGGGCUAGCCUCUGUAGAACAAAAGAUGUCCCAGCCCCCCUCAACAAGAUUUGUUGAUGAGCUCCGACCCCUCCCCGUCCUCCUUCGAACCAAAAGAUCAAAACGCUGCAAAGCCUGUAAACACAUCCUCGUCAAACCAGAAUUCAAACCACAAUCAACCCGCUUCCGAAUCCGUCUCAUAGCUCUUAGCUACAUUCCACUUACCAUCAUGCGCCCACUACCUCCCUUCCCCGCCUCUUCCCCACCAGUGAAGCUCGACGCCCUUGUGCCUCGCAAACCCGUCCAAUUACUACUUACUAUGAAAAACCACAUGUUCGACCCCAUUCGCGUCACACUAGCUACCCCCUCGCGAACUCCCGGUCGUGUCGCGUCGAGAGUCACCAUACUCUGUCCGCAAUUCGAAGUUGGUGCCAACAGCGACGUAUGGGAUGAAGCGCUCGCAUCAUCCGGGGCACUAGACCCGCGCUCUUCCAGAUCGGGGCUGGAUAAAGUCGCUGAAGCGGGGAAGAUAUGGGAUAGGGGACGGAACUGGACCACUGUGGCGAUGGAAGUUGUGCCCGGAUCACUCGAGGGUUUAAGGGAUGAAGAAGGAGGCGAAGAUGAUGGGGUUGGAGGUGGAAUUGGGGAGGAUGAAAAUGUCCUUGAGAUUCCGGUGUUUGUGCGGGUGGAGUGGGAGGCAGAGGGAGGCGCGGAGGAGUUGUCUAUUAAGUCUGAUACGAAGAGGCAACAGGAGGCUGAGAUGGUGAAGAGGGAGUUGGCUUAUUGGAUGGUUUUGGGAAUUGGGAGGAUUAAGGGUAGUAGUGAUGGUUGUUAG